CACUACUUUCCAGUUUCUGACAUGUCUUAAACGCAACGUUUCAACGAAGUCCUUCUUCAGCUCCUUCUCUGUUCUCAUCUUCUUCUAGUUGGUUCUUAGCGAGACUCCUGAAUAUUCUAUUCACCAACCAUUUAACCACAAAAAUCAGAUUCUCAUUUUCUUCUUCAGAACAUCAAAUCAAAUCCUCAUUCAACUUUGGUGUCAAAGUUGAGGCCUUUAAUUCAAUCAUGGCUAACUACAGACGAGCCAAGCUCGCAAUCGAUGCCUUUCGCGGCUUCACAUCAAGAAUCGUAGCUAGACCAGAACCCAUCUCCAGAGUCUACUCCACCAAGUCUUCAACUUUGGCCUCAAAACCAGCUAAGUUUUCUGGGUUUUCUCCUCCCUAUUCUCUUUUACAGAACCCAGUUCCGCAAAACCAAUUGAGCCCAUUUCUCGGUUUUGCCAACAGAUAUUAUCAUGUGGAUCGGCGGCAGGUGCAGCAUUUCCGGAAAAGAGGUCCGCGCCGGUGGGCUGACUGGUUCAAGGACCCGAGGAGGGCGUUUGUUACUAUCGUUGUGGGCGGUGGGGUUUUUAUCACUGUGUAUUUUGGGAACUUAGAGACUGUACCAUACACCAAGCGUAGGCAUUUUGUAAUUCUGUCGACUAAUUUGGAGAGGAAGCUGGGAGAGCAGCAGUUCGAGGAGUUGAAAGCCGGGUUUAAGGGGAAGAUUUUGCCUCCUAUACACCCGGAAAGUGUGAGGGUUAGGCUGAUUUCCAAGGAUAUUAUUGAUGCGUUGAAGAGAGGGUUGAGGCAUGAUCAGGGGUGGACUGACAUGGGGUAUGCAUCGGAGGAGGUUGACCCGAAAUUCGAUGGCCGGGGGAGUGAGAGUGUGCAGGCAUUGAUGGAGGGGAAGGUGGAGGAGAAUUGGUCACGUGAGGAUGAGUUUCUUGAUGAUAAGUGGAUUGAGCAUAGUAGGAAGAAGGGUAAGGAUAGUGGUGUUAAGGAUGCCACUUCGCAUUUGGUUGAUUUGAAUUGGGAGGUUUUGGUGGUGGAUCAGCCGAUUGUCAAUGCGUUUUGCUUGCCCGGUGGGAAGAUAGUGGUCUUCACAGGGUUGCUUAAGCAUUUUAGAAGUGAUGCCGAGAUAGCUACGAUAAUUGGUCAUGAGGUUGGGCAUGCUGUGGCUCGACACUCUGCAGAGGGCAUCACAAAGAACCUGUGGGUUGCAAUCCUGCAACUGCUUCUUUAUCAGCUUAUUUCGCCUGAUUUUGUCAACCCAUUAUCCAAUCUUUUCUUAAGGCUUCCUUUUUCCCGAAGGAUGGAAUUGGAAGCGGAUCACAUUGGGCUGCUGUUGAUUGCUUCUGCUGGAUAUGAUCCAAGAGUGGCUCCAACUGUGUACGAGAAGUUGGACAAACUCUCUGGUGGAGAAUCUGCUUUGAGAGAUUAUCUUACCACUCAUCCAUCCGGGAAAAAGAGAGCUGAAAUGCUGGCUCGAGCUAACAUCAUGGAAGAGGCACUAACUAUAUAUCGCGACGUACGAGCAGGACGUGGGGUUGAAGGGUUUCUUUAGGACAAUACGUUUUUUUGUUGAGUUUAAUAUUUUUUUAUUUUGUGAGAUGAAUGAAACUAUACAUAGAAAUGUGAAAUAUUAUAUCCUCUUACGUCCUAUAUAGGCAUAGCUUCUUGAUUUUAUCCGUCAACCCUUUUACCUAUGAGCAGUAAUAUUUGUAUGCAACUGUUGGUCACAAUGAGGGGUCAAAAACAUGUAUGCUGUUAACAAAUAUGAAGUCCCAUUAUGAAUUUGCUGGGGUUGUUUU